AUGGAAUCCUUGAGUCCUAGGCAGCUGCGAGUACUUCUGGAGGAUGCAGUGACAUCUCGAGUUAGCGAUACGGUUUUCUGGGCUAAGGCCGCCUCACGCUGUAUGGCAUUAGCUUCACAAUUCAAGUUUUUUGAUGCUUUGCGUGUACUUGAAUGUUUUGCCGAAGUACGGCUAGAAGACUGGGUGCUGGUACUUGAAAUAGCACGCCAUCUGACUCCACAAGUAUAUCGCAUGGACCCUAGGCACUAUGUACAGGCUAUAGAUGUCUUUGGCCGUUUCGGCAGAUUUCCCGAACAGUUGUUCAUGGAGGUGUUCUACUGGUUGAUACGUGCUAGUGAGAAACUUAACGGUCCGGAGUAUGCUGCUGUAUUUUUGUGUCUAUCACGAUGGCAGAUCCGUAACGAGCAACUGGUUGCUGCACUAUGUCGAGCGUUGUGUACCAACAUAAGCAUAUUACGGUACCCCGAACUGUGCCAGGUGGCCAGCUGUGCUAGGUCCCUGGAUGUUGCGGAUGAGGCCUUUUAUCUAGUACUAGACGAAUGGCAACAGAAGGAAUUGCAGAUGCUAACAAUCCAGGAACUUUUAGACGCAACCAAACAGUUGCGGUCACAGGAGGUUAAGUGGCAACCUUACGAAGAUGCACUGCGCAAGGAAUUCAUCAGGCAAACCAAGGAACUGGACGGUACUGCCGGAAUUAACCAGUUGGCCGACCCGUUUGAUUGUUUGAACUUUCUACGCCUGUUAGAUAGUCUUUCUAAGGAAUUUCUACUCGCACUAACAAAGUGGUGCGAAGAUGCAGUACACAACCCACCUACACGGUCACAAAAACGCCCGGAGAGCCAUGAUCUAGUUCAGUUGUUCAAUUUGGUACUGGAGUAUAACGUGGAUCGGACAUAUUUGGACAAAGCCAUAUUGAAAUUUGUAACAUCGAAGGGAGGCUUACAGCUUCGGGUUCCAAAGCCAAUUGCCACGCAAUACAAACCUAAUCGCAAGUAUGUCUAUGCCGACGAUCCCGAGAACCCUGGAAAAUCUAGGCCACCAUUACAACUCUCGGACGAGGAUAUCCAGAACGUAAGGGAGGAAGAGGCAAAGCGAUCGGCGUCACAUAUAUUGGAAUCUGCGCACAUUCAUGCGAUUCUCGAUGAAAUGGAACCUUUGCCCCGUGGUGUCGACUUUAAGAAGGCACAUAAGCCAUCCACGCAGAGCUGUGGAAAGGCGUCCUUCCGUUUGAAGGCCAAGACUAUAGUUAUGGAUGAUCCCGGUGUAACAUCGUCGGAUGCCGCGGUAACGGCAUCUUCAGAUGCAGAGGUUAUUGUACAGUUCCGAGAUGUGAAUGAUGAGGUAUUGGGAUCGACGCUAACAGUGCCUGUACGUCUUUCUCGUGAACGUUUGGAGGAAUUAUUGCGUUCUCUGCUCUCUAGUGAAGAUGAUAGCAGCGCUGAUGAUGACAGCAUUCGAUAUACGUUUAUUCUCGAGAAUAAACAUGAGAUCACCAAAACAUUGGAAGCGGCUCUUGAGGCACUAGGUGGUGAACGUUCUGGAGAAGGGGUGUUGAAUAUCAAAUAUCUACCAUUAUCCAUAUACAAAAUCAGACCUAUCACACGGUGUUCAUCUUCACUAGAGGGUCAUAGUGAAUCUGUACUUUGUAUGGACUUCAGCCCGGAUGGUAGCAUGCUGGCCACUGGUUCGGGGGACUGUGCCGUACGCAUUUGGGACCUUAAGACAGCUACACCUAUAAAAACUCUAAAAGGGCAUACAAAUUGGGUUUUAUGCGUCAUGUGGUCACCAGAUUGCAAGCGUCUGGCAUCCGCUGGCAUGGAUGGCCGUGUGCUUAUUUGGGAACCAUCCAAUUCAUCAUCUCAUCACAUCACACUUUCUGGUCAUACAAAGGGUGUGACAACACUGGCCUGGCAACCACUUCAUCAUUUGGAUAUAUCUGUGCGGCCAUAUCCUCUACUCGCUAGCGGUAGUAUGGACUGCAGCAUCAAGAUUUGGGAUGUCAAGGUUGGGCACUGCCUGCGUACUCUGAGCGGUCAUACUCGUGGUAUUUCGCAGGUCAUCUGGUCAGGUGAAAAGGCAUCGAUGUUGUUCAGUGCUUCUCGUGACACUUUACUGAAAGUUUGGGAUGUUGACAAAGGUGGUCUAGUGAAGGAUCUUAAGGGGCAUGCCCAUUGGAUCAAUACUUUGACAUCUAAUACCCACCGUGUUAUAAAGUCAGGACCCUUUUCUGCAUCAAAUUUCGAGAGCAAUAAUAUCCAUUUUCCUGGUUUGCAGGAAAUGGUCGAUGAAUCACGUCGUAUCUACCAGAAAUUCAUAAGAGAGUCAGGACAGGAACGCCUGCUUUCUGGAUCAGAUGACAAUACCAUGUUCAUCUGGUUACCUCAUCAACAGUCAAGAAAACCUGUACAUCGGUUAACUGGUCACCAGCAGUUGAUCAACCAUGUUGCAUUUUCUGCUGAUGGUCGUUUGUUUGCAUCAGCAUCAUUUGACCGUACCGUGCGUAUUUGGUGUGGAAUAACUGGUCGUUAUUUGCGUACACUUAGAGGACAUAUAGGGCGAGUGUAUCGAGUUGUCUGGAGCUGUUGCGGUAGCCUGCUUGUUAGUUGCAGCUCUGAUACCACUCUAAAGCUCUGGGAUGCCGAAACUGGCAAGUUAAAGUUCGACUUACCGGGACACGCUGACGAAGUUUACACAUUGGAUUGGAGCAACUGCGGUCGCACUGUAGCUUCAGGCGGUAAGGAUCGUAUAUGGGCGUCGCCAGCAGUGGACGCUGCGAUGUACUCUACGGAGUACGAGCUCGUGGUGCGGCUGCUGGAACAUUACUUUGGCCGACAUGUAGCUAAGGUCGGAGGCGCCAUACUCCUACGUGGUCAAGUGACCCUUCAGCGUAUGUUAAGCCAUCCGCAUAGCGAUUUCAAGGGAAUACGCAACAGCUUAAUAAUUCUCUUACAACAUGGAAUAAUCGAUUAUACCAUCCAAACACACCAGACGGGUAACCGUAGAUCACUGCAUCCAGUAUACUCCGUCAGUUGCGAGCACGUCUUGGCAUAUCCGUUGAUACCGGUGGGCUGCCAAUUAGUUAAGAAGGAGCUGGGACAGGCGUGUUUUGAUGUUAUGGUGGCUACCGUGAAGCGAGGAACAAUAUCUCAGCGUCAUCUAUGUGAACUAUGCAUCAAAAAUCUGUCUCUGGAUAAAAAUGAAGCCAUGGCAGCUAUUGCCACAUUAAGACAAACGGGAUUUAUUAUGACAUGUGAAUCUUAUGCGCACCGAGUUACCACACUUGACGUUAAUUGGCGUGGUACAGAUGCUAAUAACCCUCUUAAUGCCAUGAACACAGCGAUAUAUCAUGUCAUGCAAGGAGCCGAACUCACCGGACCUAACGGACCACUGUUGAGAGUGAACUUGGAGUAUAUAGUUGAACGAUUAUUGAAGGAUGAGAUCAUAAGCCUAGUAUGCAGGCGGGUUGGCGAUAUGCCAAUGGUACGUGCGAUCAUGAAGGUCCUAAUGGAUAACCCUAGUAAUAAAUGGCCUCUACAGAUCGAACACUCUCAACUUGAGACUAAAGUGCUCUCUGUUUUAAAACGUGACUUUGGUCUCAAACAGACAGGUGAUCAGGUUCUCCGUCUGCUGACUGCGCUGAGCAAGCAUCCAGAUAAUCUUGUACAACAAGACCCUGCUACACAAUGCUAUUAUCUCGAUUGGGAUGCUGUAAAGUCCAUGUUAAGAAGGAAAGCGAUAUUUGGGUGCAUCAGACAGCUAUGCGGAGCCAAAUCAGCUCGGGUGUGGAACCUGCUGGUUACUGAACAAGAAGAAGACAGUCAUGCGACUUUGGAUGCGCAGAAAGUCAGCAACAAAGCUCUAGUAUCUAUGCAAACAGCACGGAGCAUCCUAUACCAACUGACCCUGCAUGGUUUCGCAAAACACCACGAACUGGACUUUAUUGGAACGGCAGUGCCUACUACCAGUCCCAAUGAUCGUCAUGUAUUAUCAUUUUCUUCUAAUGUCAGGAAGACAUACCUGCAACUUAUGCGGAGAUCGUAUAAAUUCGCAAAUAAUUUACUUGAGCGCAUGAACUACGAGAAAUCACGGAUCUACCGCAGUUAUCUCGUAUCAUCAGGAAAGACGGAGGUUGAUGUUUCCCGUAUACGUAAGCAGUUAGAUAUCGUGGAAUCAAACCUAUUCCAUGUAAUAAGGUUCCUCGCGAUAAUGCAACGGCUCCGGGAGCCAGCGUAG